GCUAUCGUUCUCUUUCUCUUUCAAUUCAAAAAAAAUAGUGUUUGAAUAACAAUUCGAAACAAGAAAAAAGAAAAUAUGAUUGAAGAAACAAGACAUUGCAUUGGUUCUGGAUUAUCAUCCUCAUCAUCAUCAUCAUCAUCUUCUUCGUCCUCAUCAUCAACACGUGGCCAUCAAAGUGGUUAUCAUUUACGACAAUCAUCGAUCAUAUUAUCGUUACCAAAUAAUAAUAAUAAUAAUAAUGGAUUAUUUAUGGAACAAUCGGAAAUAAUUAACGAACAACAACGGCCAAGAUCAUCAACUUCAUAUCAUCAUCAUACAAUUAUUGCCAAUAAUGAGCAUGAACAAUCGAACAAUCAACCGCAGCAACAGCAGCAGCAGUUACAGCGACGAAAACAUCCAAAUUAUUUUAGUUUCAUAAAACGUUCAUCAUUGAAUAAAGGAUCAUUCGAAAUAAAUGGCCGCCAUAAUGAAUGUAUAUCCUGUAAGGAUAAUGUAUUCUAUGUUAAGAAUUUGAAAUUCCCCGAUUGUGUUGUACGUAAUCUUUGUCAGAUAUAUAAAUAUAAAGGUGAAUUAUGGUUUAUAAAUCGUUCAUCAUCAUCAACAAAUGAUCAUCACGAUGAUGAUGAUAAUAAUGGUAACGAUAAUGAUAGUAAUCAUGAAAAUCAGUUGAUAAAAUCUUCUGGCCAUCAACAACAAGAUUGUUAUGAAACAAUUUAUGAAAAAAUUCAUGUCGAAUUGAAUGAUUUUUAUUCAUUUAUUAAACCACUGAAAGAGGAUGAAAUAAUGCGAAAAGCAACAUUUUUCUGUUUAGCCGAUUCAAUUAAAAAACUUUCAUUCGUUAAACAGGUAAAAUAUUAUGGUAGUUAUAGUUCAAAAACCUAUCUGCCUGUAAGCGAUAUCGAUCUGGUUGUCUAUUGUAAUCUUGUCAAUGAUGAAUUACAAACACUGUUUUUGAUUGCCGAACGUUUAGCAUAUGAUGGCAUUAUUGAAAAUCGUUUCAACAUUAUUCCAUUAUCACGAAUACCAUUGUUGAAAUUUAAUGAUUCAUUAACCGGUUUACCGAUAAACAUUACGUUGAAUACAAAAAAUGUUAUGGAACGUUCACAAUAUAUUAAGGAACAUAUUCGUCCAAAUUCACAUCAGAUGAAAUUAUUAUUCUUUCUUAAAUAUUAUCUUUUAUCAAAAGGUACGAAUCAAGUAUUCUAUGGCGGUAUCGGUUCUUAUGCAUUAGCAUUGAUGGUUAUUCGUUUUUUUCAAGAAGAAUCUGUCAAAGAAUUAGUACGUAAUGAAAAUGUUUAUCAAAAUUCCAUUCUUGGCUAUCUAUUGAUGGGAUUUUUCGAACGUUUUGGUGAUGUAAAUUUUUUCAAAAAUCAUAUAAUUUCCGUUCAUAAUGAUGGUGAUUAUAUUGAAUGUAAUUAUCUUAAUGAUACUAAUCAUAAUCAUCAUCAUCAUGGUAAUGGUGGUGGUGGUGGUGUUGUUGGCCGACAUUCAAAUUCAGAGAAAAAAUCAUCAAUAUUACGUAUCAAAGAUCAUAUUGAACCAUGGAAUGAUGUAAGCUAUGGUUCAUUUAAUUCAGCUGAAAUUCUUAAAGAUUUUCAAUAUCUUCAUGAUAAAUUCAUGAAAGCUGAUAAAAGUCGUUCAAAAUCAUUGCUUGGCCAAGUAUUAUAUGUUGUCGACAGUUUCAUUGAAUAUCGUAAUCUAUUGUUGUAUCUAUUCCGAAAAUGGUUUGAUGAUUAUGACGUGAAAGAAUAUCUUUCAGGUAAAUAUCCAAGUAAAACAAAAUUUCAAGAAUUUAUUGAAAAAAGACGAAUAUUUCAUAAACAAAAUCUAUCAUUUACACAAACGUAUUUGGAGGAUAAAUCAUUGGAAUUUCGUUUUGAAUCAUUACCAUUGCCACAUUCAUCAAUGAAUCGUUCAACAACGGCGACAAAUACAAGAUCUGGUAGCUAUGAUCUAUUCAUUGAUUGUGAUAUUGAUAAUGAUAAUGAUGAUGAUGAUUAUGAUGAUGAUAUUGAAAAUCGACAGCCAAUUAACAUUAUUAAUCAUCAACAACAUCAUUAUCAUCAACGACCUGCACAUUUUAAUCAUCAUCAUCAUCAUUAUAAUCAUCAUCGUAAUAAUUAUCAUAAUCAUAAUCAAAAUCGACAUUAUCAUCAUCAAAUGAAUAACCAAACUAACCAUAAUAAUGGUAACAUGUCAAUGAUCCAUCAACCAUUCGAUAGAUUUCGAGCAAACAACACCACUAGCACCACCACCACAACAUCGAAUGUUCAAUCAUUUUUACAGAAUAAUUUCAAUUUUGGUCCAAGACGUACCAAUAAUAAACGAAAUAAAACCGGUUUUAAUCCUUUGUUUACUGAUAAUAUUCAACAACAACAACAAGAUCCUGAUAUGAUGAUGAUCAAUAAUGAAAAACAACUCACGAAUCCAAAUUCAUUCAAGAAAAAUACUUCAACAACAACAACAACGUCCACCGAUAAUGACAUCGAACAUGAUGAAUUUCAGUCGUCGACAAUAGCUACAAUCAUAACCACAACGCCUACUACAUCAUCAUCAAUGGAUACAAGUUUUGCUUGUUCAAAUCAUGUCAGCGGUGCUGAUGAUGAUGCUGAUGGACGUUGAGUGUAAAAUCAAAAUUGCCGUCCUGCCAAUUCCGUUUCCAAUACUGUUUUUAAAUGAAUUUUAUUUUCCAUUUAGCAAACAACAACAACAACAACAACAACAAUAGCAUCAGCAGUAGCAUCACCAAUGGCAAACAAAAAUCCCCCCCAAAAAAAAUACAAAAGAUCCUAAAAAGAAAAAAAAAAAAACAACAAAAAAUCAAAUUAACCUGUGAAAAAAAAAAAAAAAAAAAAAAAAAUACACUGAAAACACCUCAUAAACGGUACAUAAACCUUGAAAACACAUUGCCAUUUAUUGCCUGUGUAUUGAAAACAAAAA